AUGACGUCAGACGUGAAGCCUGGGUUGUGCGAGGCCGCGGUGGACCGCGGGAUACCGCUGGAGGCGUGCGACGUGGCGGGCGGCGGGACGACCCUGCGGCAGCCGGCGUCGGGGCCGCCGCUGGCGGCGGGGGCGCUGGACGUCACUUAUGGGGCGUCCCUUUCCUUGCGCCCCUCGGACGGCAAGUGGCUCGUGAACCUGGUGGCCCGCCAGCUCGCCACCGGCUGCCACUCUGGCGUGUACUGGGGCCGCAUCGCGCUGCCCAGCAGCGGCGAGCUCGCCGGGCGCGCCAGCCUGCAGGCCAGCGACCAGCUGUGGGCCACCAACGAGCUGUCACUGGCGUACCCAUCGGUGGCGGUCGCCGGCAGCGGCGUGGUGUGGGUGGGGUACGUGCUGUCAGGGUCAAGCACGCCCGCAGGCAUCGGCUUCACGCGAAUCCUUGAAAACUCCAAUUCAUUCGAAGCCCACAUCAACACCGCAAAGCAAGGCACCGGCGCCGUCGGCGUUGGGGCCACCGCCGUGCUGCCCUGGGGGUCGUACACCACUGCUGAUGUCAUCGACGAGACGCUCUUCAUGUGCGCGCCAUACGUGGGCGCAGGCACUGCCGCCAAGCCAUGGGGCGCGUGGAUCACGAAAAUUGACAACGCCACGAUGGUGGCAUCAGACGCGUUGGCCGCAGCCGCGGCGUUUGAGCGAGGGGAGAUUGUGGCGCAGUCGGUCGCACAAGAGCCGGCAGCCGCAGGGCUGCUGCCCAAAGGCGCGACGGGCGCGUUCCUCCAGCCGCGGGCGCACGUGCACCGCGGGCCGCCGGCUCGGCGGUUGCGCGGCCGCGGCGGGGAGGGUGGUGGGGAGCUGGCAAGCCCGGGCGGCCGCCCCUCGCGUGGGUGA